AUGAUUCCCAAUGAGAUAUUUGCUGAAGAUCUGAUGAAUACUGUAAUUAGAUAUGGAUUAUACAUAGGCGCUGCUUUUCAGUUAGUUUGCCUCUUAGCUUGUGUGACUAUUACUGAUGAACAAUGUGACCCACACCCAUACGAGAAGGCUUAUACUGACAGUGAUGAGUGCAGCUCAGAACAAUCAUCUCCUGGACAUCGUUCAAGUCUAUUACGAGCUCGGCGUCAAGAUAAAAAGAAACGCCGCUAG